GCGCGUCCGACGCGGGCCUCCGUGGUCUCUGCCUUCGCCAUGCGUCCCGGGGCGCCGGGGCCACUCUGGCCGCUGCCCUGGGGGGCCCUGGCUUGGGCCGUGGGCUUCGUGGGCUCCGUGGGCUCGGGGGACCCCUCGCCCGGUGGUGUGUGCUGGCUCCAGCAGGGCCGCGAGGCGACCUGCAGCCUGGUGCUCAGGACCGAUGUAAGCCAGGCUGAGUGCUGUGCCUCUGGCAGCAUCGACACUGCCUGGUCCAACUUCACCCACCCGGGGAACAAGAUCAGCCUCCUUGGCUUCCUGGGCCUCGUCCACUGCCUGCCCUGCAAAGACUCGUGCGACGGCGUAGAGUGCGGCCCGGGCAAGGCAUGCCGCAUGCUCGGCGGCCGCCCGCGCUGUGAGUGCGCGCCCGACUGCGCGGGACUACCGGUGCGCCUGCAGGUCUGCGGCUCGGAUGGCGCCACCUACCGCAACGAGUGCGAGCUGCGCGCCGCGCGCUGCCGCGGACACCCGGACCUGCGCGUCAUGUACCGGGGCCGCUGCCGCAAGUCCUGCGCCCAUGUGGUGUGCCCGCGGCCGCAGUCGUGCGUGGUGGACCAGACGGGCAGCGCGCACUGCGUGGUGUGUCGCGCGGCGCCCUGCCCCGCGCCCUCUGGCCCCGGCCAGGAGCUCUGCGGCAACAACAACGUCACCUACGUCUCCUCGUGCCACCUGCGCCAGGCCACCUGCUUCCUGGGCCGCUCCAUCGGCGUGCGCCACCCGGGCAGCUGCACAGGCACAUCCCGGGAGCCUCCGGGUGCCGAGUCGGAGGAAGAGGAGGAGAACUUCGUGUGAGCCUGCAGGGCGCACCUGGGCCUGGCGUCCGAGGCCGCCCCCGUUUUUAUUUAUUGCCACAGCAGAGUCUAAUUUAUGUCCCGCGGACACUCCCUGGAGCCUGGACGGGGACCACGUGGGCACCCUGCAAGGAUUGAGGGAAGGAGGCUGGGACUCAGAGCCCCGGCACUGGGGUCAGCUUCCGGGGACUUCUCUGGGAAGCCUCCCCAGCCCCCACCCCAGGCACCCUUCUGCCUGGGAAGACCCACGUUUCUGCUCCUUUGGGGAUAAGCCGGUUAGUUAUUGCCACGGGAGGGCUGGGGACUCCCUGCUGGUGAUUCACAAGAGGCACAACUUGCUCUCCUAGCCCGGCCAUGAGGGACGUCCGGCUCAGGCCAGGAGGAGAGGGAGAGGUCUAGCCUCGGAACACGGUGAUCUUGGCCCAGUGGGAUGUGCCCUUUAUAAAGUCCAAGAAAGCAGCCACUGUUCCCUACCGCCCAAGAACCCAGGUUCUCGUCCUCCGGUCACCUCCAUUUACCCCUUCACGUCUUCUGAGGGCCACUGGGAAACACCCAGUGUGUCCUCUGGGAGAGGGGCCAUCUGUGCCACCCAACACAGAAUGACCCAGCCCUCCUCAGCUGCCAUUCACGUGGGUUCACUUAGCAACAUCUCGUGGCCCCAGACGUGGGGUGGCCAGCAGCAGCUCAGAGCAGGGCACUGUGCACACUGGGGCCCAGUCCACUAGAGUGGAACCUGGCCAGGACCUGGAGCCUCUGCUCACCCACCAGCCCAGGGUGGGGUGUCGAUGCUAACUCCAGGACACACUGCGUGCCUGGCACCCUGGAGCCAGGUGUCCCUGCACACCCCUGCUGCCUGCCUUCCACAUUGGGGGUUCAGACACAGGACCCCUUGGUCCUGCAUGGCCUGUCCUGGCCAGGCCUCUACACACAGUUGCCAGCUAGACCCUCCUGACCCACCAGCCUGGCAGGGGGUGGUGCUGGUCUUGGGUCAAUUUCCCCCAAAACUGCUCACCCUCCACACAGUCUGGGCUGACAUUCAAAAUCACCUACCUGUGCCUGCAUGUAGACCAAAGGCUCAGACCAGAUGGGGUGGGGAGCAACGGGGAAGACAUCGAGCUCCCCAAGUUUGGGGUGGGGAGUCUGGGGGAGUUCUGCUUCUCCUUCUCCAGCCCCCAGGUAGUGCCUUACCUGUGAUGCCCAGAAAAGUGUCCUUGAGCAGGGGGGUCUGCCUGGGCCACCAGACAAGGCAGCCUUCCCCCCACCCUGGGGUCCUGCCUCACCAAAGAAAUAAAAACUGAGA